AUGGCAAGCACGCUGAGCCACAGGCUGUUUACAACGCCCGAGUUUGCCCAGUUUUGCGAUAGGAUGCAGAUCGAGGCCGCCGACGAGCUCCGGACGCUGCGGGAAACCUUGGACAUGGUCAUAGAAGACGAAGAGGCGUACAGAACCAGCAGCAUGGAUCAGUGCAAUAUGGACACCACCAGUUCUGCCGGUCCCUCCGGGCAUGGCCUGCCACACCGACACCCGAACAACAUAUCUGCGCAUAGCGCCAUGCGCCCUCCUGCUACACUCCUGCGCGGCCAGAGCAAUUCGCUAAUGUUAAUCGGGUCGCCCUCAGACAGAACCUUUUCGCCGACCAUUUCACCCUCCCCGCCCAAGCAGGACACGCGUGCUCUUGGAAGUCACCCAAUGUCUCUCAUGGAGAGUCCAUCGAGCGCCGACGAUAAUAUGAUGCGCACGCCUGUAAUCAAAUCACAGCAGCGCAUGUCUCACAGCAUGCCUACGCAACCACUUGAUAUUCCAUCCGACAACUAUUUUGGCUCGGUUAUAGGCGGUGGUGACAGCAGCAGCGGCAACGCCAUUUCAUCUGGGGUUGACGCGAAAGCUUUAAACAACACAGCUAUGCUGCCACUAAUCAAACGGCGACGCCCCGAGCAAGCUAACGCCUCGCUCCCUCCACCCUCGCAUAUGGUGCCAGGGCCCGAAGGCGGGUUUUACCCAGGCGGCCCAACAAAACCACAAUGUCAUGUGUCAGGGCACCGGCCGCAACGCCUGCCAAGGUCGCCACCCAGCACAGCACUACGUUCGCCGCGCUUGGGCGGCCCCAGGGCAGUAUCAAUAACGCUGCCCUCGCUCUCACAAAUCGCGCAGAACCAACAGCAAUUUUUGCCAGUCACUAACCCCCAGGUGUCGCCAAUGCUGGUUAGUAGCCCCAAUUUGGGCAGGGGAUCCAGCUAUCAGCGGACAGUGGCAAGCGGGUUUGCGGGCUUGCAAAGGCAGGACACCGAUGUCUACAUGUCAUCGGGUAACAUGCGGAGGCCCAGUGGCACAAUCACUGAGGGAGGCGCUGGAGGCGGUGGUGGCUACGGAAUUGGUGCUGGCCGCGACGACUUUUCGCACAACGAUAUUGAGCAAAUAAGUCUGCUGCGCGAGGAAAACUCACUGUUGCGGCAGCGGCUGCAAAAGCUGGAGAUGAGUGUUAUACAUAAGCACGCGGAGAUGCAAACAUGGAUGUCACGCAUUGAAAAGGCUGUUGCGCGCAAUGACGAUGGAGACCAGCAGCAGCAGCAAUAG